UUCCCAGAAGCCUCAGCUACCUGGGCCAACUGUCAGGAAUUCUGGGAGUUGAAGUUCAAAAAGGAGAACUGUAGUCUUUCAAAAAUAUAUAAGUGGGGAGUUUUGAUUUCCGGCAGACUUGUUAAUGUCAGAGAUGGGAAGCAGAGGAGAAGAGGAAUCCUGGUGACCCAAAGAGCCCUUGGAUGUCUUCAGCAUCUGGAUGCAGCAAUGGUGGUAGAGGUGUGCAGUUUCUUUGGGGUCUAUCUCCUCUACUGCACCAAUCCACGAUAUCAUGGACGCAUCUACAUUGGCUUCACAGUCAAUCCUGAGCGGCGUAUCAUUCAGCACAAUGCUGGGAAACGCCGAGGCGGAGCCUGGAAGACAAGCGGCCGUGGACCUUGGGAUAUGGUGCUGAUUGUCCAUGGUUUUCCUUCAGAUGUAGCAGCCCUCCGGUUCGAGUGGGCCUGGCAGCACCCGCACUCCUCCCGCCGCCUCAACCACGUUACCCGCCGCACCUCCCGGGAGCGUCAAUUUGACUUCCACCUGCGUGUUUUGGCCCACAUGCUCCGCACUGCUCCCUGGUGCCGCCUGCCCCUCACCAUCCGUUGGCUCAAGCAGGAAUACACCCGAGACUUCCCUCCGGAUUUGGAGCCUCCGCUGCACAUGCCGGUGGCCUAUGGGCCAGUGAGAGCUGUCAAGGAGACCAAGGGAGCAAAGGCAGCACCUUCAGAGGGACAGGGAGUGACUCUGAAACGUUGUAGUGUCUGUCUGAAAAGGUUCCAGGAAGGAGAUGAUGACAUCCUCCUGCACUGUUUUCGCCCAGGCUGCACCAUGGUUGCACAUAUCAUGUGCCUGGCUAAUUUUUUCCUGGAGAAAGAACCAGAUCACAUCCUGCCUAUAGAAGGCCAGUGCCCAGGUUGCAAGAAUCUUGUGCUUUGGGGAGAUCUGAUCCGUCAUCAUAAAGGUUGUUACGGUGACCUAGAGGCUGAUCCCACAUCYUCUCAAGAACACUGGGCUAAUGAACUGCAACUGUGAGGUGCCCUUUUAAAAGGUGAUCAAGGUUCCUCUUCCUCCAGAUGAAUACCCAGGAAUGCUAGGAUGUAGUGUGGACCACCUCCUUUGACUCUUUUGCAUGUGGAGUAUUCUUCUACUUCCCUUUUCCCGGCUGGAUCUGGGACUUUCAAAGCUCCAGCCCCAGAAUCAUGCAUCCAAUGAACUACCGUACCGUGCAAUAAUGAAAUAAUGGACCAAGAAUUGGGCAUAUCUAUGAAAUUAGUAUGGUAUUCGUGGGACAGGAUUCUUAGCCUCUGAGAAGAACAAAGAGUAAGCGCUGACUGGAUGAAGAAAAUGUAAAAUUGGGUUCCCCAACACAUUUGGACUGCAAAUCCCAUAAUUUCUAACUUGAACGUGCUCAUCGUGGCUUCUGCAGCUGUAGUACAAGAUCUUUGGAAGGUGCCAAGUUCCCUUCAAUUGAACUAGAUUAUUGAACAUUUUCUCCAGCCUCUAUGCCAUAAUUUCCUGGCAACUAGUGCAUUGAACUGGCAUUCCAGUGUAUCAGAUCACUGACAUUAUAGCUUGCCUAUGACUACCAAGAGAAAUCUGCUAUGAAGUAGGAAUAGAGAUGUGAAAUUAGUGAGCAACUGAACAAGAGCCAGUUCGUUCUGUGGAGGCACCCCCAUGGAUAGCACUUCCUCCAGCAAUACAUGUUUUCCUUUCAAAGUGGUGACAGGAAGUGACAUAACAUCACUGACUACCUAAGACCGUGUUAGAAGGGAGUUUACAGAAAAAAAUGCUUAAUUUUUUGGUACAGUUUAACACUCACACUUCACUGUGGGAACAAUAUGUAAAAGCCCCUAGAUUUGCAAAGGCUCAGAUCUAUAUCACAUUCUUUCAAAACAAGAGGUAGAUUCUGCUAUACUAAACUGAAUCUUCCCUUUUGCCUUAAUUUAAAUACAAAUCCAUCUGCACCAGGGAUGGGAAUCACAUGUUGUUUUCCAGGUUCCCAUCAUUCCUCACCAUCAACUCAUUAGGGCUUUAGAAGUCUAAUAUUAUCAGAACACUUCCAUGACUGGUUACAUCCACAGAAUAAACCUGCGUGGCUAAUAAUCCUGUGUUUCCAGCUAUAUGCCCUUUUGCUAAGACUACAAGGUGCAUACAAAAGCAAUAAGCAUCCUGCUUAAGAAACAACUGUUGGCAGGUUUUAUUAAACCAAUGUUUGGACUUGUGGGCGUUUGAUAAACAGGUUCAGUCAAACCUUUCAGACAAAGUCUAGGAAACAGCAAAAUAUAUUAUUGUAUUGCUUUUUAAAAGGAAUGAAGUGUUUAACAGUCAUGUCGGUUUGGCCUCAUUUAAUUAAAACAGCAAGGUCAUACUGCAGUUCUGUGUGAUCAAUGCACUGCAACUUCCCUUGGACUCUGAAGUCCUCCUUAGCAACAGUAGUCCCUGAAGACGAGCCAGGUGUGUCUCUCUCUUUUUUAUUCAGUCUGCUUUCCUUGCAGCUUGGUUUGUCAAAUCUUCAGUCACUGUGUCCUUUUGUCUUUAACAACAGCUUGAUAUGCAAAGAUGAACAGGUGACAAUUUUGUGUCAAUGCUGUGAAACCUGUUGAUUGUUGUAUACAUUGAUAUUCAAGGAAUACUAGCACACCAGGACAGUAUUUCUUUAGAUCACAUGUCAGUUUUCUCUCUAGAUCAAUACCUGGCAUUUGUUUUAACUUGGAUUUAGGCUGCACCUCUUUCCCAGUGGGUCACAUCCUUUGGUCAGG